CAGAUGUCGGACAAACCGAUUAAGAUAGGGACGAGGGUGAAGGUGGUUGGCAAGGAUGACAUCGGGACGGUGGCUUUCAUAGGGUCCACACUCUUCCAAACUGGCAAGUGGAUUGGUGUCGUGCUGGACGAGCCGAAAGGAAAGAACAAUGGAACAGUGCAAGGGAAGAGUUAUUUUACAUGUGAAGAUAACCACGGCAUAUUUGUCAGGGCAUCACAGGUU